AUGUUUGUGUGCUUUUUACAGCCUAUUACAUGCCGCGCUGCUGUAGCUUGGGAAGCCAACACACCUCUUGUCAUAGAAACCAUCGAGGUGGCUCCACCUAACGUUGGAGAAGUACGCGUCAAGCUCGUGGCCGCUGGUGUAUGUCACUCAGACGAAAAUUUCCGGAAGGGACAUUCAGACGACGUUUUCCCAGGAGUGUUUGGUCACGAAGCAAGUGGGAUUAUUGAAAGUAUUGGUGAAGGAGUCAGAUCAGUGAAGCCUGGUGAUCAUGUGAUACCGCUGCUUCUUGCUCAAUGCGGGGAGUGUGCAUUUUGCAAGAACUCAAGGACUAAUUUUUGUGUCAGGGGAGUGCGCAUUAGAGGUGAGAUGCUUGAUGGUACAAAACGGUCCACGUCCCGAGGGAAACCGCUGUGUCAGCUUCUGGGAGUCGGUGCAUUUAGCGAAUACGCUGUCCUCCCAGAAAUAGCUGUUGCCAAGAUAGCUGAGAGUGUCCCUCUUAAAGAGGCUUGUCUCCUAGGUUGCUGUGUUCCAACUGGAUACGGUGCUGCUGUCAAUGUAGCCAAGGUUGAGCCUGGGUCAAGCACAGCUGUGUGGGGACUGGGUGGAGUUGGACUUUCCGCAGUGAUGGGGUGUAAGGCUGCUGGGGCCACGAGAAUUAUUGGUAUUGAUAUUAAACCGGAGAAAUUCCAACUUGCUAAAGAACUUGGUUGCACUGAAUGCGUCAACCCUAAAGAUCAUGACAAGCCUAUACAACAGGUCUUGAAAGAAAUGACUGAAGGAGGAGUGAAUUACUCAGUUGAAUGUGUUGGAAACGUUGAAACAAUGAGGGCUGCAUUCGAAGCGAGUCACCCUAUCCUUGGUACAACUGUGCUUGUUGGAAUAGCUCCUCAAGGUGAAGAACUUAAAAUAAAUCCGAGAGAUUGUUUUUUUGGAAGAACCAUUAUAGGAACUCUUUGUGGAGGGUUUAAAGGAAAGGAUGGUAUUACGCAGCUUUCAGAGAAAUAUAUAGCUGGAAUAUUGAAACUGGAUAAAAUCAUAUCUCACACUAUGCCGCUGGACAAAAUAAAUGAGGCGUUUGAUCUCAUGCAUGCUGGCAAAAGCAUCCGCACAGUAAUUCACUUUUAGGGUUUAUUUACGUAAACAUGCAGGAACUGCAGUGUAUGGUUGACGCAUGAGUCCUUUGCAAACUGCUGAUAUUUUCAAUGGCCGGGAAACAGUGUAUAUGCGUUAAUCAUUAAACGUGAGGUCAAGAUGGCUGGAUAGUGGCAAAGUCUUGUUUUUUCUGCUUUUUUAUCAACUGAGACAAAGUCGAGGUCCAUAAGAACAAACAAAAACAAAAAAGAAAAAAAGAACGAGGCCAAUAUCCAACCAUCUUGACCGAUCAAGCUUGGUCAGAAAAGUGUACAUUAUGUUGCAAAAAGAUUUGCUUUAACAUGAAUCAAGACUGACUAGUUUAUUCCGAUAGCCGGGUAAGAAACCAACCGGCUUUAUUUGAAGAUCGUACGCUCGCUAGGGACUCUUGACUUGUCCUUGUGCAGUCUUCUUU